AUGGAGUUUUUGUUUGUCAAGCUAAAUAUAUUGCAAAACUUUUUGAAGAUGUAUGGUUUCUCUGAUUGCAAGCCAGCAAAGACUUCGAUGUCUUCAUCAACGUCUAUUGGCGCUGAUCUAAGUGGCACUGAUGUAACUGCAACUUUGUUUCAAGGAAUGAUAGGAUCUCUACUCUAUCUUACUGCCAGUCGCCCUGACAUUAUGUUUGCUACUAUAUUGUGUGCUCGUUAUCAAGACAAUCCUAAGGAAUCUCCUCUUAUCGCGGUGAAAAGGAUCUUUUGUUACUUAAAACAUACACCCAAUCUUGGGUUAUGGUACCCUCAUGACUCUGAGUUCAAGCUGGUGGGAUACACUGACUCCGAUCAUGGUGGAUGUGGUAUUGAUCACAAAAACACUUCAGGAGGAGCUCAAAUGCUUGGAAAUAGAUUGGUAAGAUGGUCUAGCAAGAAGCAAACAUCAGUGGCUUGCUCUUCCGUUGGAGCUGAAUAUGUAGUCGCUGGAAGGUGUUGUACUCAGAUCCUAUGGAUUCAGAAUUAA